GGUAGUUGAUGUACAUGUUGUGAUUCUUAUUCUGAGAAUAUCUUGUAAAUUAGCACAAGCAGCUUUAUAAUUUGAUGAUCCUCUCCUUACAGUCAUAUGUCUAGGGCUAAGUGCAGCUGAAAGAUAAUUUGUACAUUUCAGGUGAGGCGGCAUAUCACCACUCGAAAAUAUUUUGGCAUAGGGCAUAUAUGAGACGCAGCCGUGCUCAACUGUGCAUCUCCGCUCUUACUGAAGUGGACAGAAUUCAGACAUUGGAAGCAGACUGUGCUGACCUCUGUUUUCCUUGCACCGCUGCUCCACUCUCACCUUCCUUCCAGCCCUCCAGAGAACAGAGGAGCCAGCUUGGAGGUCAGGGAUGGGGAAACUGGUGGAGGUUUUAUUUCAAGAUGGGAAAGGUCCACGAAGUCUUAGUGCCCACAUGUGUAAAGUGAAUUUCUUUCAGUAGAGUGACACGGGUAAUAUUUACAAUCAUUGUGAUUGUAGCUACCCAGUCCUGACCCUUGAGAUUUCUCUUGGACAUGGAUAUAUGUUUUUCUGAAAUUUGUUAAAAUUCUACUUGUUUCAUGUGAUAUUGAAGAACCAGCCUAAUCCCACUCAUUUGAUGGAGAGGAGUCAUCUACUUAAACAUGGGAGGACACAGUAAGCUAUAAUAGGAAAAAAAUCAUGUUUAUGUAAGGGGUAUCUAGCAACAUUAGAGACUGAAAGUAUCUGGUGACUUGAGCUAGGCUGAGCUUUCUCUGUACAUUGUAUGAGUUCAUAUUUCAGGAUGGUGCAUCAAAAUGGAUUCUGUGUCUCGAAAUCGUAUUUUUGAAAGGGCAAUAUUGGAAUUCACUAUGAAUUGGCAUAGAUAUAAAACCAGCAGCUUGUGUGGAUUCUUUCCUUUUGUCCCUCGGCUUUAUUUGACAGCACCCCAUUGAAGGAUUUAUUGUCAAAAUGAAGCAGGAGUUAGUACAGCCCAUGGAGUCCGCUCCCUCCCCUUUCUGCCUUCACUUCUGCAGCAUUUGUACUUUGACUGCUUCCUGGUCUCACAGAAAGAGGCAGUGCUGAGUUAGAAAGACAAAAAUAGACCUUUACAGAGAAAUAUAAAGAUUGCAACUGUGUGUGCAUGCGCGUGCCCGUGUUUCCCUGAUGUGUGUGUGCGUUUGUGUGUGUGUGUGUGUGUGUGUGCGCGCGCGCGCGCGUGGUGGUGCUGCUGCUGCUGCUGCUGCUGCUAAGAGGAAGGCAGCACUUCUCUCUUUUCACUGUGUGUUAGGCAUUUUGUACAGAUUUUUGUUUUGCUUGGGGAAAAAAAAAACACCACCUCUUCCGGAAGCUCUUUGCAUCUCUUUGGGGGAGGAAAAAAGGAACCAACUGUGAUCAGAAAACGACCAGAGACCAUUUUUAUUGGAACAACUGGUGGGGAAGAAAGCGGAGAGAUACCAUCACAGGGAUAUAAAUAUCAUCUGUUAAAAUCAUUGCUCUGGACAGCAUUAUAGAUCACUAGUGCAAUCUGACAGCCACCCUAAGGGACAGCAAUGGGGUGUUUGGGCAACAGCAAAACGGAGGAUCAGCGUAUUGAUGAGAAAGCACAGCGAGAAGCCAACAAAAAAAUAGAGAAGCAGUUGCAGAAAGAGCGACUGGCUUAUAAAGCCACACACCGUUUGCUUCUGCUGGGAGCUGGUGAGUCAGGAAAAAGCACUAUUGUCAAGCAAAUGAGGAUCUUACAUGUAAACGGAUUUAAUUCAGAAGAGAAAAAACAGAAAAUUCUGGAUAUUCGGAAAAACGUAAAAGAUGCGAUUGUGACUAUAGUUUCAGCAAUGAGCACUUUAAUACCUCCAGUUCCAUUGGCCAACCAAGAAAACCAAUUCCGAGCUGACUACAUCAAGAGUAUAGCCCCACUUUCGGACUUUGAAUAUACCCAGGAAUUCUUUGAACAUGCAAAAAAGCUCUGGGAUGACGAAGGAGUAAAGGCGUGUUUUGAAAGAUCGAAUGAAUACCAGUUGAUUGACUGUGCACAAUACUUUUUAGAAAGAAUAGACAGUGUCAGUAUGCCUGACUACACACCAACAGAUCAGGAUCUCUUAAGAUGCAGGGUUUUAACAUCCGGGAUUUUUGAGACAAGAUUCCAAGUAGAUAAAGUAAACUUUCACAUGUUUGAUGUAGGUGGUCAGAGAGAUGAAAGAAGAAAAUGGAUCCAAUGUUUUAAUGAUGUCACAGCUAUUAUAUUCGUUGUGGCCUGUAGCAGCUACAACAUGGUCAUAAGGGAAGAUAAUAACACCAACAGAUUACGGGAGUCUCUGGAUCUCUUCAAAAGUAUCUGGAACAACAGGUGGUUACGGACGAUUUCAAUCAUUUUGUUUCUGAACAAACAAGACAUGCUGGCUGAAAAAGUCUUGGCAGGGAAGUCUAAAAUUGAAGACUAUUUUCCUGAAUUUGCAAGAUACACAGUACCUGAAGAUGCAACACCAGAUGCAGGAGAGGACCCCAAAGUUACAAGAGCAAAAUUUUUUAUCCGGGAUGAAUUUUUAAGAAUAAGCACGGCAACCGGAGAUGGGAAGCAUUAUUGCUACCCUCACUUCACAUGCGCAGUUGACACAGAAAACAUCCGCAGAGUGUUCAACGACUGUAGAGACAUCAUUCAGAGAAUGCAUCUUCGCCAGUACGAACUAUUGUAACUAAACAAAAAACACCAUGGAGCCUGUGGUUUUAAACAUUUUCUUUCUAGAGUUCCUCACGUGAAGUAGAGGAAGAUACUACAUAGAUACAUCUGCCUCCUCAGUUUGUUUACUUUGACUAGCCUUUCAACCCAGUCCAUGCUUUAGGGGACAAUGUGUGUGCUGUAAUUUUUUAUAUGCCACUUCUUUGUCAUUCCACUAAGGCCUUUGGCUACCUCUGUUUCCUUCAGUUUGGUUGCAUUUUCGUUUAUUUAUAAUUGGGCACAACCUGCUAAUUUUUGUUCAGCAGGUUUGUUGGUUCAAGCCGGUAUCUGCUAGCUGGGUGACACCAUGGCAUACCUAUUGUGUGUGUGGGUUUCCUUUUCUACCAUGACGCUGAAGAGUACUUGAUGGAUGGGAGGAAAAGAAUAAUGCACUUUGUUUCAGGGUUAUGGAGUUCUGCUGAGGAUGUAUACAAGAGAUGUAGCAGCAUCACAAUAUUUAUUAUUACACUGUCAGAAUUUUCUAACAUAACUUGAGUUGCAGGUCAACGGAUGAAGUGACCUCCUCUUUUUAAAGCCAUUCUUGGCACAGGAAAUAGAGUAGAUUAGGCACAGGGAAGAGAAGCAAUUUUUUCUGGAGGUCUGGAGCAAGGAGUCUCUACACACCUCAGGCAUUUGAAUUUAGAGCUACUUUUUCCGCCUAUGGCACCUAGGCAGAAAAAUCCACCCUCACUUACAUUGUUUCUUCUGUCCACAAAUGACCAAAUUCGUUUAGAUCAUUUUUGGACAACAGUCUUCUCCCUAUAUAUAUAUAUAAUAUAUAUAUUUUUUGUUUUAUUGCUGGUUUAUUAUAUUGUACAGACUGUAAAGUGUAAUAUUAUUUUGUACACUUUUAUUGAAGAAAAAUACUUGUAGAAGAUCUUUGUGCCUUGAUUAUGGCUGUACCUGUAAAAUGAGCUAAGAUGUAAGUAUGUUUUUGACUGCGCUGUACAGCUUGAUGUCAACUUUACCUACAGCAGAGACUGGAGGGUAAAAAAAAUUCUCUGUAGAGUUUAGGGGUUUUCUGGUUUAUAUAAAAAGAACUGCUCUUUAGUAUAAAAAAUUAUAAAUUAUGCAAAGUUAGUCAUUUACCUUUCCAAGUAAAUUAUUGCUGCUACCAGAUACUGCAGCAACAUGCCUUUCUCUCAGUCUCAGCUUUAAAACAUGGAAAUUGAUUCAUGUGUCCAAAUUGCAACCUGGUGUUGUUUUAUGGGAAUCAAGGAUCUUGUUUUAUCUUUAAUAACUUUGUUCAGUAAUUCUUUGGUCAUUCAUAGACCCUUCACAAUUGAACAGAUUGUGAAACCUGUAGAAGCACCACUACAUAAAGGCUCUUCUAUCUUUGUUGCAACGGCCGCUUUCAUUGUGCAAAUCGAAGGAAAGGAGAAAAGGUGUAACCCUUGUGUCUGGCCCUAAGAGAAUUACAAGAUGACAGUUUUAUUUCUCUUAAUAAAGAGACCUUAGAAAAAUGUUUUAUUUUAAAUAUAUUGUAGAAUCACAAUGUGUGAAUAUUUCUCAAACUUGAAUAAUUUAUGCAAAUGACAUUCACAAAAUAAGUUGUGGUACAGUACAAUAUAAAAGCAAGAAUUGCUGUAGCAAUAAGGCAUGCCCUGCUCCGUAAUUGUAAGACUGCUUUAUAUUUUAUGCAUAGGUGUUAUGUCAGAGUACAUAGUUUCCUGUGUCCAAAAUAACCUGUACAAACAUUUUAAAUUUGUAGUUGCAAUAACGGAUUUAGAAGUAUUAGCCAACAUAACUUCAUAGAUUACUUAUCAUCUGGAUUAUCUUCACUGUUAAUUUAAAUUUCAAAACAAAUUAUUCUGAACGCUUCUCAACCACACAAUGUGAAUGAAUUUUUAAAUAAGGAUAGCAUGCUUGUUUAUAUAAACCCAGACUGUUUUUUUGUUUUGUUUUGUUUCCGAAAUACUGGACAGGCACAGUGUGGUUGUAAUUCUACAGAGGGGUCAAAUUAGUAAUUUUUUACUGCAACCCUUUAACACUUUUGGUCCCAUUCAACAUUUUCCAAUAUCUCAGUAAUAGUAAUCAUUGCAUGUUCCUACAAUGUUAAAAACACUUACUUCAAAAUUCCUACUUCCCUUUCCGAAAAGGAAAACCGUGGCUCCACUAAGUGACAAAAGUAGGAGAAUAUUUGAAAGGGGACAGGCAGGGGAAGUUGCGGUCAUCUUUAGUUUUCUCCCUUUCCAUGUGCAACAUGGUCUAUAUCCUGUAAGUCAAGUCAGCCAAAGGACUGUCGUGAUGCAACUGUCUGCAGUGGUUGUGAGAUAUUGGCAUUGAUUCAUCCAUAUUCUAAAUGUGAGUUCAUCAGGAAAAAUAAGCAGAUUCAGAAAUUUAGCUUCAGCACUUUGUGUGGCUUAGUAUAGUCCCCAUCCAUAAAUUCCAUCCUAAACAAAUAGGCCAGCAAUUCUCUUGUACAGUAAACCCACUGAAUCAGUUAUUUAACAAUAAAUCGACUUGUAGUUCUAACUCUAUAGUCAGGACUAGCAGGAGGAUUAGACCAUAUUUUGUAAAUGUCAUUGACUUGGGUAGGACUAGGAUCCAAGUAUGUUGUGAUCUGACAGGACCAUUUCCCUUUAGAAGGACAUCAAGAACGCUAUGUCUCAUGGGAUCCGAACUCUGUAUGCCCCAUGCAGGUAGGAAGAGUCGAAGCUCAAAUCUUCUUCUAGAGCACUGCUUCUUAAACAAUAGAUCUUAACCUCAAAUGCUGUCCCCUGAGCUCAAUGUUUUUUUUUUUGUUUUUUUUUGGGGGGGGGGCUCACAAAAAAAUUCUGACUGCCACCUAGUGGCUGUUUUACACAUCUACACAAAUCUGCGCAGUGUUUACAAUAGACUCUGCAAACUCUUCAGCUGUACUUCAUAAAAAGAAAAGUCAGCCUGUUUGGCAAGCCUUGCAAAUGCUGAUUUGUUAUCAGUAUAUGUUUGGUUUUUAUACUUUUAUAUACCUAUAUAGCCAGGGUCACAGUUUAAGAAGCCCUGUUCUAGAGAACUUUAGCAAGACUUUUUUGACUUGCGUACAAGGGAUACACAAGACCACACAUGGCUUAUUUCAACCACUCAAGAGGCUUGGCCUCGGCUUUCAGCCUGGUUUGCCAAUACUCUGCAAGCCUGUUAGCAAGGAGUUUUAAUGACUGUAUCACAUGACUGCCAUCUUAAAUUACUUCAUUAAUGUAAAGGACUCAUCUGAAGCUACUCCCCUUCCCAAUAGCCUUUUUUUAAAAAAUACUUACUGUAAAAUAACUCUACAUCAACUCUGUUGCUGACAUCAAGGAAAAGAAGUACCACAUGAGAUGGUCCUGCAGCAAUAACACUUUAAAAUUGUUUCCAGUUAGAAAGAUUAAGCCUCUAAGCAGUACAGGGCACUAUUGCAGACACAAGAGGAGGCUUGUAGGACUUACAUAGUGUACAGUUACAAACUUUUAAUAUACAUAUUUGAUACAAACACUUUAGCAAGAAAAAAAAGAUUCAUUUGAUUGUAGAAUACAAUAUUUUUGUACAGCAUGAAACGUUCACAGUUAAAUUAUCCUGUAGUUAAAAGUCAUAUCAAUUGUCUAGGAAUUUCUGUAUGUAAAGGCAAACUUUGCCUUUUGGGCUAGCAAUUCAAGUACGCAUUUGCUGGCAUGAAUGUAGUCUGAUGGACUGUUCUUUAGCUUUGGUGUGUCAGUGACUGAUUACAAGUGUCUGACUCUUCAUAGUGCUUUAUACUUAGUGAUUAAAUGCUGAACAAAAUGGAACAGGGAGGCGAAAGGCAGAAAGUGAGCUAGUGUGGAGACCACAAGCACAACUCCUGCUGUACAGUAGAUAGUAAUAAUGGUAUUCUCACAGGGAAGAAAGCACUUGUAGAGAGAGAAGUUUGAUGACGUUAUGCUGCCCUAAGAAAUAGAAACAAUGGUUUAGAAGACGGUGCGCAACAAGCGGCUAUAAGAUUUAAAGCGGUACCAUUGGUAGAAGAGCUCAGUUCUUUUCACAGCGUCAGUGCUUUCAACUGCACUGCAAACAAAGAGACUAGGACAGUUUGGAAACCCUUCAUCCUAAACACUCUGCUGUUAAGCACUAGAACAAUACUGAGCCAUGUGAAGGAAUUAAGUUCCCAAAUAAGAUCACAAAAGCUUAAAAUAAUAAUAUUGACAGGUUCAGAUCACAUUGCAGUUACUGGCCACAGUCCAACAAUGAACUAGACCCUUUUGAGCACAUUAGUAUCAAUGUGAUUAAAGGCGCUUAAACUGUGUUGGAAAUUCGCUGUUUGUAUCUGAGGGACAACAUUUUUGAGAUCACAUGAGGGGCAAGACCAGAUUAGCAAUGUUCUUGUAGUAUUUGAGGGAAGGAAAAUCACAGAUAAGAAAACCAUCUAUAUUUCAGAGUGCUGGAAAAAUGUCAUUCUGAAAUAAACUGAAUUAUUGGUCAGUAAUCGUCCCAAACAAUAUUGAAGAGGCAAUAUGGUUUCAAAGUUUCCAACUGUUUAACAUUUGUGUUAUUUGCUGAGUCACAAAGAUCUUUUAUACAUAAACUAAAAAACGGUCCCUAUAGAGAACUGAUUUGCCCUUCCCAUGCACAAGAGGCUGGACAACUAAACAUAGAAUUGGUUUUUUGAAGGUAGAAAUGUACAUGUUUUAGAACCAGGAAACUUUUUGUGUUUCAGGUUAAUCUACUGAGAAUUGUGAUGACCUAGUAUACCCAAAGUAAAGCUAACUGUGAAAUAGGUUCGCCUGAAUAGAAUUUUGCUGCCCUAUGAGAUAUAUAGUUUGCACUUUUGAAAGAUUAAAGAACCAUGCAGAUAAAUAUGGUCUUGUGGAUAAAUCAGCCAAGCAAAAACAAGUCUUAAUACUGUUUGUUGCGGACUACUGAUGAUUGUUGCAGUCAAUUGUUUACACUGCAUCCUCUUUAUAGAAACAUACGAAAGAUGCUUGUAUUUAGAAAUCGUUAUUAAAAACCACAAAAAUGUCUUUGCACUAUACAAGCUGGAUGGCUCCCCGAGUAUGUACUUUAUAAAGUGGGUGCUUUGUACUCAACGUAAGUGUACUUUUGGAGAGGACGGGAGGAGCUGUUUUGUUUUGCUUUUUUACAGGUAGCAUCAGUCUGAGAAAAUAGCUGAUUGCUAUGUUGAUUUAUAUUAUGAAAAAAAUUAUCUGAGAAAAUAAAAAAAAUAUUUAAAUUUA